AUGUCCCGUUCACGUCUACCUCCGACUCCCGCCAUGUCUGGGGAGUUGAUCAUCAAGGAGCAGACUUUCACUGAAGGCGUAGAUUCCUUUGCUCUGCCCCCGGCGGCCUUGAGUCCGUCAAAGAUCGAAAGUGCGAGCAGAAGGUCGUCCAAGUCAGAUUCAUUGGCCUACUUCCCUGCAUCUCCCACAUCGCCCGAGCUUCUUGGUCUGGGCCGCAGCACCAAUCCUCCCCGUCAGACCGGUACCAAGAGGUUACUCGAGGACUUCGAUCUCCCGCCUCCGCCAACCAGAACCCGGAAGAUCAUCCAGAUGAAACCCAAGACCCAGAGUCCGGUCAAGCCAGCUGCAACCGCCGGCAAACUUUCAACCAAGGAGAAGUCGAAUAAUGCCGCAACUCCCGCAAAUUCGAAAAAGAAGCAACCCAGUGCGACCAGUGCGGCGGGUCGGAAGAUUGCCAGAAAGACUGCGCACAGUCUGAUCGAACGGCGACGGCGGUCGAAGAUGAACGAGGAAUUUGCGACCUUGAAAGAUAUGAUCCCGGCGUGCCAAGGCCAGGAUAUGCACAAACUUGCCAUUCUGCAGGCAAGCAUUGAAUAUGUCAACUACCUGGAAAGGUGUAUCCAGGAUCUCAAAACUGCUGGUAGUCAACGCACGACAGCAUCUCCAUACCUACCUCCCGCACCACCCUCACCCACAUCACCCGAGAUGCUGAGUGGAGUUCCGAGUCAAAUACACUCCGCGUCGGUAUCUCCUGAGCUAUCGCCCAGCCAUGCUCAUACCAACAACACAUCCCCGGCCUUCUCUCCCCGCACUCGGAUACCCUCUAUCAGCACAGCCAUAGAGUUCCUACCUGCCAUCCUCCCCAGCCCAGCCUUGGGCCCUGUCCGCUUUAGCGAGGGUAUCAUCCACCCACCGCGCGGAUCUUGGACGGUACCGUCGUCCACGGACACCUCACCAGUGCUCCAGCCCAGGUUCAGCAAUGCUUCAUCGGGAUCCGACGCCGACAUUGACCAUGAAGCCUCCGCUGCUUUGCUGAUGCUGAACAGAGAUCGCCGUGGGACUGCCGGCUCCAUUCAGGAGGGUCUUGCAAAUUCCACAUUGGAUGCCCAAGAGAGUAGCAAAAGUCCAUCAAAGAGUCCGCAGAAGAAGAUGGGAAUGAGCGUGAAGGAUUUGUUGAUUUCUUAG